AUGUAUCCUUCAGUAAAGAUAGAAUCAUGCGAGGAGGCACUUUUGGAUUUUUUAUAUGGCAAGAACUCGGAGUUGCUUAGUUAUACAGAAGAAGUAGAGAGUAUGGCUAGAUUGGUGUGCCGUGAAUCUUGUUUCGCUUUUAUUGGGCAGAUCUACAGACAGAGAAGAGGGGUCCCUAUGGGAAGUCCGCUCUCAGGAAUCCUAUGCUUAUUAGUUGUUAGAAGACUGGAAAGAAGAAUUUUUCAUGGUUCUAAGGGGGAUCUUAUUUAUUUUAGCAGCUACGUUGAUGACCUACUUAUAUUAUGGAGAAAUAACAGCAGGAUUAAGGAUUUUUUGGAUAAGAUCAAUGGUAACAAUGAUGGCCUUACUUUAAGAUUGGAGCAGAAAAGUUUCUUGGAUCUGCAUUUUGUAGACAUCGGUAUUAAAUUCAAAAAAGACCAUCUGUCCUCUAGCGUUUUUAUUAAACCAUUCCACAUCCUAUUGUAUAUUUUCUCCCAAUCUAAGGAUCCAUAUAAAUAUAAAAUUGCAGCUUUCAGAGCUUUAAUAAGAAGUAAGAUUUUGUAUUGUGAAACAAUACAAGACAGGAGUAAAGAAAUAAAUAGAAUAAUGAGCGUGGCCAUGACCCUAGGUUACCGAAAAAGCGCAAUUCUAGGAAUAGUUAGGAAGUAUGAAGUGAACAUCAAGAAAGGGUCUUUUAAAAAUGCUCCCACUGAAAUCGUAAAAUUUACAUAUAAUGAAAGUAUGAAUAGCGUUAUGAAAGAGAUUGCUCACAGAAAAGGUUCGAGAAUGCUUAUAAAAAGGGCCCCUAAUUUAUACAAAAUCCUCAGAAAUGAUAAGGAUGCUAUAAUGUCAGAGGAGAAAGCAGGGGUUUAUAGAAUUCCUUAUGAGAAUAUGCAAUUUGGCGUUAAAAAAGACUAUAUUGGAGUAACCACCAGGAGUUUGGGACUUAGACUCAAGGAACAUAGUUAUAAUAAGGAGUCUAAUGCAACAGUUUUGUCCCAAAUGGCGCAAGCACCAGGAUCUGUAGUCAAAUGGAAUGAGGCAGCCAUGAUAGAACCUUUAUCUUCCCCAUCUUUGGCGUUGAUAGCUGAAAAGUUGCAGAUUUAUAGGAGUAAAAUACAGGAAGGCUGUUUAAAUGCAAGGGAUGCAGAAAGUCUUUCCUCUGCAUCCUCUCAAUUUUAUUGGAUGUAUUAG